UUCUCUCCCAACUUGAGAAAUGCAGAACAAUGUUGGAACUAAACCAACUCCAUGCCCUCAUGAUCAAAUCCUCUGUUAUCAAAAACAUCAUCCCUCUAAGCCGUCUCAUAGACUUCUGCACCACCUCCCCAGAGACACUGAAUCUCACCUACGCGUCAUCAGUUUUCGAAACCAUCGAUUCCCCAAGCGUGUACAUAUGGAACUCUAUGAUCAGAGGCUAUGCAAACAGUCAAAACCAAUACAAAGCAUUGACCUUUUACCAAGAAAUGGUUGGGAAAGGGUACUCUCCAGAUUACUUCACGUUUCCUUAUGUGUUUAAAGCUUGUUCUGUUUUAAGGGAUGUUAAGUUUGGGAGUUGUAUUCAUGGGUUUGUUGUGAAAACAGGUUUUGUUGUGAAUAUGUAUGUUUCCACUUGUUUGGUUCAUAUGUAUAUGUGUUGUGGUGAAGUGGAGUUUGGUUUGAGGGUUUUUGAAGGUGUGCCUAAGUGGAAUGUUGUUGCUUGGGGGAGUUUGGUGUCUGGUUUUGUGAGUAAUAAUAGGUUUAGGGAGGCUAUUGAGGUGUUUAAUGAGAUGGAGAGGCAUGGUGUGGAGGUUAAUGAGAUGGUAAUGGUUGAUCUUCUUGUUGCUUGUGGGAGAUGUAAAGAUAUUGAGAGAGGGAAAUGGUUUCAUGGGGUUCUUAAAGAGUUAGGCUUUGAUCCGUUUUUACAGUCAGAGGAUGAUUUUAAUGUGAUAUUGGCUACUAGUCUUGUUGAUAUGUAUGGGAAAUGUGGAGAGUUGAGAACUGCGAGGUAUCUGUUCGAUGGAAUGCCUAAGAGAAGCUUGGUUUCUUGGAAUUCGAUUAUUACUGGGUAUAGUCAGAGCGGUGAUGCAGAGGAGGCAAUGCGUAUGUUUUUGGAUAUGAUUGGUUUGGGUGUUUCUCCUGAUAAAGUAACGUUUUUGAGUGUGAUAAGAGCUUCUUCCAUGGUUCAAGGAUGCUCACAAUGGGGACAAAUGGUUCACGGUUAUGUAUUGAAAACGGGAUUUUUGAAGGAUGCUGCUGUAGUUUGUGCGCUUGUGAAUAUGUAUGCUAAAACUGGAGACGCAGAGAGUGCAAAGAGAGCGUUUGAAGAUCUUGAGAAGAAAGAUACAAUAGCUUGGACAGUUGUGAUCAUUGGGUUAGCAAGUCACGGUCACGGGAAUGAAGCGUUGAGUGUGUUCAAGAGAAUGCAAAAGGAAGGUAAUGCUAAACCUGAUGGAAUCACAUUUGUUGGGGUGUUAUAUGCGUGCAGCCAUGUAGGUUUGGUGGAGGAAGGACGAAGAUACUUUGCGGAAAUGAGAGAUGUUUAUGGUAUAGAACCAACGGUUGAACACUAUGGAUGUAUGGUUGAUAUCUUGAGCCGUGCUGGUUGUUUUGAAGAAGCAGAGGGAUUGGUAAAGACUAUGCCUGUUCAACCUAAUGCUAAUGUUUGGGGUGCAUUGUUGAAUGGUUGUGAGAUUCAUGAGAAUUUCGAUCUGGCUGAUAGAAUAAGAUCUGUAGCAAGUGAAUCAGAAGAACUUGGUAGUGGAAUCUACGUUCUACUUUCUAAUAUAUAUGCUAGAGCUGGACGGUGGAGUGAUGUGAAGCUAGUUAGAGAAUCAAUGAAUAGCAAAAGAAUAGCUAAAGUUUUAGCUCAUAGUUAUGUUGAAACAACUUUGUAA